AUGGCUCACGAAACAGAAGCAGAAUGGCGACAGCAGUUCGAGGCGAUGCAAGCUGCCAUUGCCAGCCUCAACCUAUCAGGCUUCCUGCCGGGGCCAAUCGAGUCCGAUUUCUACGACGCCGAUUUCGAGGGAUAUUCAUCAGGCAACAGUGGCCAGGAUGUCUGGGAUUUUAUUUCUGGCGACGAGGCGGACGACUACAGCAGCGACCUUGUUGAAACGGAUGCUGCGCCCUCGGCCAGCGGCAGCUAUGACAUCGCCUGGCUUUCAAAUAAGUGUACCGCUAUUGCGUCCAAAAACGGACUCUCGGAAGACGUGUAUGAGGCGCAGAUUCUCAGCGCCAUCAGCUCCGCAAAGUCUGACGAGGAGCUGCAAAUAGAACUGACAGACCUUUUCGGAUUCGACGAUCUCGAUUUUAUCAUCGAACUUCUUGCGCACAAGGACGAAAUCAGUGCAUCGAGUGCGGCUGCUGUGUCCCUUGGUGACCAAGCCACCGGCCGUUUGCUAUCCAGGGCCGAGCGCGACGAGCAGCUGCGCCGUCAAGAUUAUGAGCAUAAGAAUGCCACGCUCGCCCUAAGCUUCUCGCGCGAGACGCAAUACCCACACGUAUACAAGUCUCAUAGCGCCGGAAACACACUCAGCCAUGCAGGCAAAAAAUACGGCCUUCCGGCAGGCAGUGAGAGAAAGCAAUUCGACAAAUAUGAAGAGUACUAUAUCCCGGCCGGCGCCAAGGGCAAAGUCGGCCCUGGUCAGAAGCUGGUCAAGAUUGAAGACCUGGACGGUCUCUGCCGCAACACUUUCAAGGGCUACAAGGCGCUCAACCGCAUGCAGAGCCUCGUGUACCCCGUCGCAUACAAGACCAGCGAGAAUAUGCUCAUCUGUGCCCCCACUGGUGCGGGUAAAACCGAUGCUGCAAUGCUCACCAUCCUCCAUACGAUCGGCCAGCAUGUUUUCCCCAACCCCAUGGAAGAUACUGCUGCUACGGAAUUCGCCGUUAAUUUGGAAGACUUCAAGAUUGUAUAUGUUGCGCCCAUGAAGGCUCUUGCUGCUGAAGUCACAGGCAAGCUCGGUAAGCGUCUUGCAUGGCUCGGUAUCAAUUGCCGAGAAUAUACUGGAGAUAUGCAGCUCACAAAGUCUGAAAUUAUCCAGACGCAAAUCAUUGUAACAACACCAGAAAAGUGGGACGUCGUUACCAGAAAAGGCACCGGAGACACUGAGCUCGUUCAAAAAGUGCGCUUACUGAUUAUUGAUGAGGUUCACAUGCUUCAUGAUGAGCGUGGAGCUGUUUUGGAAUCGCUUGUUGCCCGUACCGAGCGCCAAGUCGAAAGCACCCAGUCGCUUAUUCGUAUCAUUGGUCUGAGUGCCACUUUACCAAAUUAUAUCGAUGUCGCAGACUUUCUCAAAGUCAACAAAUAUGCUGGUCUUUUCUACUUUGAUGCGUCUUUCAGACCCGUUCCUCUGGAGCAGCACUUUAUCGGUGUCAAAGGAAAGGCAGGCAGCAAGCAAUCAAAAGAUAACCUGGAUACUGUCGCUUUUGAUAAAACUAGAGAGAUGCUCGAAGUUGAUCAUCAAGUCAUGGUAUUUGUGCACUCUCGGCGAGACACCAUGGUCACGGCACGAAUGCUACAUCAGAAAGCAAUCGAGUCUUUUUGCGUUGACCUUUUUGACCCGACCAGCCACCCAAAAUACGAGCAGGCAGUGCGAGAUAUGAACUCUUCUCGAUCCAAAGAUAUUCGUGAGCUUCUAUCUAAGGGUAUCGGUGUUCACCACGCCGGUAUGGCACGAGCCGACCGGAAUUUGAUGGAGAAGCUUUUUGGCGAAGGUGUGCUCAGAGUUCUCUGCUGUACAGCAACCCUCGCUUGGGGUGUCAAUUUGCCUGCCGCCGCCGUUGUUAUCAAGGGCACUCAAGUUUACAGUGCACAAGAUGGCAAAUUCGUUGAUCUUGGCAUACUUGAUGUGUUGCAAAUCUUCGGUCGCGCUGGUCGUCCCCAGUUCGAAGACACCGGUAUUGGCAUGAUUUGCACCACCCAAGACAAAUUACAGCACUACCUCACGGCCGUCACCGAGCAACAGCCGAUUGAAUCAAAGUUUUCGACAAAGCUAGUGGACAAUCUCAAUGCAGAGAUUGCAUUGGGUACAGUCACGUCGAUUCCGGAUGCCGUCCAGUGGAUCGGAUACUCCUACCUCUUUGUUCGUAUGCAACGAAGCCCCAUCACUUACGGCAUUGAAUGGGCCGAGAUACGAGAUGACCCAAGUCUUGUUCAAAGACGUCGCCAACUGGCGAUCCAGGCUGCGCGCACGCUACAGCAGUGCCAGAUGAUCAUCUUCAAUGAGACGACUGAGGAGCUGCGAAGCAAGGAUAUUGGCAGAAUUGCAAGUCAAUACUACAUCUUGCAUGGCAGUAUCCAGGUAUUCAACGCCAUGAUGCGCGAUCAGGCCACCGAAGCGGACGUUUUGAAGAUGAUCAGCAUGAGUGGAGAGUUUGACAAUGUUCAGUCCCGAGACACUGAAGCAAAGGAGCUUACCAAACUCAAGGAUGAAGUUAUUCCCUGCGACAUUGACAGUGGCAUCGACACGCCUCAGGCAAAGACCAACAUCCUUCUCCAGUCUUACAUUUCGCGCUCGCAACCCGAUGACUUUGCUUUGUCAAACGAUAUGAAUUAUGUCGCUCAGCAAUCUGGCCGAAUUUGCAGAGCACUCUUCAUGCUUGCGUUAAAUCGUCGCUGGGGCCAUCAAUGCUUAGUGCUGCUGACUCUUUCUAAGUCUAUCGAGAAGCGCAUCUGGCCCUUCCAGCACCCAUUGCAUCAGUUUGACUUGGCCAAGCCCAUCUUAAACCAGCUUGACUCCAAGGAGCAUCUGACAAUUGAAGCCAUGAAGGAAAUGGAGCCUGCUGAGAUUGGAGCCCUUGUCCAUAAUCAUGGAGCUGGCAAAACUAUUGCCAACAUUCUUAGAAACUUUCCCACAGUGCAUGUCGAAGCGGAAAUCGCGCCGCUCAACAGAGAUGUAUUGCGAAUCAAGCUCUAUGUUAUCCCCGAUUUCCAGUGGAAAGACCACAUUCACGGCACUUCGGAAUCGUUCUACAUCUGGGUCGAAAACUCGGAAACGUCCGAGAUUUACCAUCACGAAUACUUCAUUCUCAAUCGCAGGAAGCUACAUGAUGAUCACGAGCUCGACUUUACGAUUCCAUUAUCUGAUCCUUUGCCGACGCAAAUCUACGUCAGAGCUGUAUCCGAUAGAUGGCUCGGGGCGGAGACCAUCACGCCGGUGUCUUUUCAGCAUCUUAUUCGACCCGACACGGAAAGCGUAUAUACGGAUCUUCUAGACCUGCAGCCUCUGCCCCUCUCCGCUUUGAAGAAUCCUCCCCUAGAAGAGCUGUAUGCGAAACGCUUUCAAUUCUUCAACCCCAUGCAAACGCAGAUCUUCCACACCCUCUACCACACAGCAGCAAACGUCCUCCUAGGCUCACCCACUGGUUCUGGAAAGACGGUCGCGGCGGAGCUAGCCAUGUGGUGGGCAUUCCGCGAGCGUCCUGGCUCCAAGGUUGUCUACAUUGCGCCUAUGAAGGCACUCGUUCGCGAACGUGUCAAGGAUUGGGGAUCUCGCCUUGCUGGGCCCCUCGGGCUGAAGCUGGUUGAGUUGACUGGUGACAAUACACCAGAUACUCGCACCAUCAAAAAUGCUGACAUCAUCAUCACCACCCCUGAGAAAUGGGAUGGUAUAUCUCGUUCUUGGCAGACGAGAGGCUAUGUCAGACAAGUGAGCCUGGUGAUCAUUGAUGAAAUUCAUCUGCUCGCGGGUGAUCGUGGUCCUAUUCUUGAGAUCAUCGUCUCGCGAAUGAACUAUAUUGCCGAGAUGACCAAGAACGCAGUUCGCCUUCUGGGUAUGUCUACUGCGUGCGCCAACGCCAGCGACCUAGCCAACUGGCUGGGCGUCAAGGAGGGCUUGUUCAAUUUCAGGCACUCUGUACGUCCAGUUCCCCUGGAGCUAUAUAUUGAUGGAUUCCCCGAGGUCCGAGGAUUCUGCCCUUUGAUGCAGUCGAUGAACCGGCCGACAUUUCUCGCCAUAAAAAACCACAGCCCUGAAAAGCCCGUCAUUGUCUUUGUUGCUUCGCGUCGACAAACUCGACUCACGGCCAAGGAUCUUAUCAAUUUUUGUGGCAUGGAGGAGGACCCUCGUCGCUUCUUACAUAUGGAUGAGGAAGAUUUGCAAUUGAACCUCUCUCGUGUUAAGGACGAUGCCUUGAAGGAGGCCAUCAACUUUGGCAUUGGUCUGCAUCAUGCCGGUCUUGUAGAGUCAGACCGUCAACUGUCAGAGGAGCUCUUCCUCAAUAACAAGAUCCAGAUUCUUGUCGCAACCAGUACUCUUGCCUGGGGUGUCAAUCUGCCUGCUCAUCUUGUCGUCGUAAAGGGCACGCAGUUUUAUGAUGCAAAGAUAGAAGGCUACAGGGACAUGGAUCUCACCGAUGUCCUCCAGAUGCUUGGUCGUGCGGGUCGUCCUCAAUUCGACAACUCAGGUGUCGCCCGUAUAUUCACGCAAGAUUCCAAGAAGGAUUUCUACAAGCACUUUUUGCAUACCGGCUUCCCUGUCGAGUCAUCUCUGCACACAGUGCUCGAUAACCAUUUGUGCGCCGAAGUCUCUGCAGAGACCAUCUUGACUAAACAGGAUGCGCUAGACUAUCUAACCUGGACGUUUUUCUUUCGACGUCUACACAAGAAUCCUUCCUACUACGGGCUCGAAAUCUCGGCCGAAGAGCACAGCACGAUGACGGCGCAGCAAGUCGCCAACGAGUACAUGGUGGAGAUGGUCAACAACGCGCUCGAUGAGCUGGCCAAGUCCAAGUGCGUCGAAGUCUUCCCCAACGGUGACGUCGACUCUACGCCGCUGGGAAAGAUUAUGAGUUACUACUACCUCUCCCACAAGACGAUUCGCCACUUGAGCGGUCAUGCCAAGGCCAAUGCCACCUUUUUGGACGUGCUGUCGUGGAUGUCGCGAGCUACCGAAUACGACGAGCUUCCUGUGCGCCACAACGAAGACUUGGUCAAUGAAACGCUGUCGGACAAUUUGCCGUUUCCCGGCCACUCUUUUGGACUGCCCAUGUGGGAUCCCCAUGUGAAGGCAUUCCUCCUGCUCCAGGCGCACAUGUCACGCAUCGAUUUGCCCAUUACGGAUUACGUCGGUGAUCAGACCAGUGUGCUCGACCAGGCUGUUCGUAUUAUGCAGGCCUCAAUCGACGUGCUCACCGAAAUGGGUCACUUGUCGAGUUGUCUACAGAUGAUGAGCCUGCUCCAGUCUAUCAAGUGCGCCCGCUGGCCGACGGACCCGCCAGUGAGCAUUCUUCCGGGUUUGGAGCUCGAGUCAAUAAAGAAGGAAACGCUGUCGCUCAAGGAGUUGAGCACCUACAGCCCGCAACAAGUGUCGCAGCUUGCCAAGCGCCUCCGCGUGCCGUCACACAUUCAGAGUCGUUUUGCCAGAGCCGCGUCUAUCCUCCCCAAUUUAUCCGUUUCAGUCGAGGACAAGACGGCACUGUCCGUGACUGUGAGCCUGAAGCGGCUUAAUGCGCUGGUGGAGCGCGAGGCGCGCAUCUAUGCGCCCAAACUGCCGAAGCCGCAGUCGGAAGGAUGGUUUGUCAUUGUAGCUGACGCGGCCCGUGAUGAAGUCAUUGCCGUGAAGCGCGUGGGAUGGUCGGCGUCGGGCUCGGACGGCCCGCGCAAGGUCGAGGCCAAGACGAAGCCCACGGCACGCACCACGAUUAAGCUGCCACAAGCGGAGGGCGCACGGAAGCUGGACGUGAUUGUGGUCAGCGACGCCUACGUUUGGCUGGAGUAUCGCAUCAAUGGAGUUGAUAUUCCGGCGGCGCCAGCUGUAGACGAUGACGUUGAUUCGAAGAAGAAGGCGGCUAGUGCUGGACGUGCGUAG